UAAUUUCAUACGAAUUUGCCUUCAAAUCACGUUGUCAGCUGUAAUCAGCACAUCAGAAAACUAGAGCUGCCUUCGAGGAGAGAUCUGAAAUUAUUCAGCCACAUCUACAGUGCCGGUCAUGAUGUAUGUCACCAAUACUAACUUUUUCCUUGGAAUGUUUUGCUUGCUAGCUGUUCUGAUAGUUCACCACCAUGGGAAGCCACUUUGUCAAUAUGGUGGAAAAUUUAACUCUAAGGGGGAGUGCAUUUGUCCAAACUUCGACAACUGUACAGAAAUGGAAGGUGCAUGUGGAUCCAAUGGUGUUGAGUAUAUGAAUGAAUGUGAACUCAAAAAAGAUGCUUGUGGUCAACAAAAAAAUUUCUUCUUGUUCAAAAAAGGAAUGUGUGGGCGUUCAUUCGGUAUUCCUUGUGGUUUAUUCGAUUGUCCACUCGCGGGUUCAUGCAAACACGGUUUGAUUCAGGAUGGUUUUGGAUGUUUUCACAAAUGUCAAUGUAGAGCAUCGCCAUGUCCCAGUAUGUCCUCCUGCAAUCUUUCUUGUGACGGAAAAGGUGGAGUUGUUCUUGAUGAACAGUACUGUCCAACUUGUAAAUGUAGUGGAUAAGGAAUAUUGAAAACGCCUAUCGAAACGUGUUGAACCAUAUAUGGAACUAUAAAUUAAUGUUUUUAAGUAGUGUAUCAAUGUAUACUUAUACCGUAUCAAAUCUUUAGAAUUCCUUGUUUGAGUAUGACUCAUUAGCGAGCUUAUAACGCCUGUAACAGUCAAACAGCUCACUCACACUCAUUGAGUGUGACAUAGAAAUUUUGUUAUUACUGUUCAA